GAUCCUAUCUCUGCCCUCUCUCUGCCCUCACGUCUCACUUGUCAUGAGGCUAUGGCAUAGGAGAAAAUAAAAAUGAAGGUGCCAGAGGAAGAAUCAAUGGGCGAUAUUUUGAAGCGGUUGACCGGCGAGUCUUCGCUCCCAGUUUUUAGCAACAUCGAGAAGUUCAAACGAGGACGGGAGGGCGUUUACUUCAUCGCUGAGGACUUCAACGAAACCGUGAAAAAAAGAGAGUUAGUCAACGCCAAGGAACGCCUAAGAAUCCGGAACUUGAAUACAAUGUUCUCCCGUUUGAAACGCAUGGUGCCACUGAUGCGACAAGACAGAAAACCCAGUAAAGUGGAUACUCUUAAGGCUGCGACAGAAUACAUCCGAUUGCUUCUUGCAGUUUUACAGGACACUAAUGGUGAUGAUAGCAGUGGGACUGAUUUCCUAAAGAAUGCAAUCACUUAUGGUCAGACUGAAGGCCUGGGAAAUGACCUAUGGAGAGUGGAUGAUUUGCUGAACAUGUCAGAGGAGCACGCUGAAGAUGGAUUCUCCAUGUCCCCUGAACUGGUAACAGAGGACGGAGAUAUGAGCCGGCUGGUGUUGCAACACUGUGUGAUGCCUGCAUACCAGUUCAUCAUCCAAGUAGCACCUGAUCAGACAUCGAUGUCUCAACCCUGCUGAAUGGUGUUUAGAGCAGAUGGCUUGGAGCCACACCGGAAAUUUGCCAGGGGCCUGUUGCUUUGAAGAAAGGAAUUAUCUUGAAGAAAGCAGUCUUUUAUUUGUCUUAACUUGUUUUUUUGUUUAAUUGAAUAUGAAUGUUUUUCAUUUUUACAAUCUUUAUCCUUGGCAGCCCUCAAAUGAAAUGUACAAGACGGCUUUAGUUUCUUUAAUUUAUUUAAUGAUUUUUUUUUUUCUUUUUUUUUUUUUUCCCCCCCAGUUUGUUGUUGUAUAAAAUACUGUUUAUUUAGCUUGGACACAUUGGUUGUACCAAGACCUUCACUAUGUAAAUACUGAUGUAAUACUAUCAGCUUUAAUGAGCUGUACUUUGAAGAAAGGAGCUUGUUCCACGACCUUUUUGGAUUUCAUGAUGUUAAGUUGUCAUUAUAAUUAAAUUGUCUCUUGUUAAAAGCUUUAAUUUCAUGUUUGAUUUUUAUCAAACUACUGUCACCUGCUUAUCUUUAUUUCAAAUAUAUCUGGAAAUAUCAACAUUCA